CUCAACACCAAUCAUUCGGUUGUGUCUGCUCUCAUCGUGUCGCAUUGUUUCUCCUAUCUACUAUGUUCGUGCUCCUCAUACUCAAGGUCCUUGAACCUAUGUGCAGACACGCCCAUGAUGUCCCUCGCAUGUAAAUCUACUACGGUGACAUCCAGGACGGCGGCCCCUUCAAGAAUCUUCUGGCUUUAUCAGAUUUCUUGUUCUCUGAAUCUCGCCAGUCGCAUUCUUCUGUAAAAUGAUGUACUUCUUUUUCCUUCGCUCUCAUGUCAAGCGUCUGAGCUCUUCGGCCCGCUUCUUAUGGAGCUUCUGGUACGUGCAAACGCUCGAACCCUGCAAACACCUGCAAAUAUCUCCUUGAUAAUGUCGCGAUGUCGCAGGAACGUCACCUUCGUAGGCUUCAAAGGGCGUUCUACUACUCAUCUAGCUGCGCGCACAAGUUACAACACUGUCCAUGGAAGCGCAAAACCCUACUACGUCCAUGCCAUAUCCGAGGUUUAGUACGACGAACAUAAGAAGACACAUCGAAGCGAGAGCUCACCACAAAGAGCGAAGCGACGACUCCAAAGAUACGGAUCUUUUCAGCCUGUCUCUGCCUUCGACUGCGAUAUACGAGCAGGAACCAUUCGAGUUUUUCAAUGUGAGAGUCACGCAGCUUUGCUCCGCUGGAUUCCCCAAUGCGACCUUUCACAUUGAGCGCUUGCGAGGAGGAGCGUGCAACCGCAUUACUGCGAUUACUUUCAGGCCUCUGCCCCCCAAGAUAUUGAGCAUCUCAUGGAUCCGUUCGUUUUUGAUCAACCACGAAGAGUAUGUCGCAGCUCAAGAACCAAAGAACUAUAUCCUGAGGAGCCGAAGAAAGAAACCUUCAAGCGAGAAAUCGGGCACAGAAUACGACGUACCAACACUCAAGUUCGCGCGCAUCAUGUUGGGAGACAUGGUUCCUGACAUCCUAUGCUUUGAUGAUAGCCCAUGUGAUGCUAUACUGCUGCCGUACAUCCUUCAGACCCAUCUUCAUGGCCAGAAUCUCUUCAGAAUCUGGAAUAGUCUUACGUUUUCCCAGAAGAAAAGCGCUAUGUACAUCGUCGUUGGUCUCAUGAAGCAGCUACAAACCAUCCAAUACCCCAAGGCUGGCCUCAUUGCAGCUGCGAAUAGGCUCGUACAUGCUCCCGGGCGUAUAGCUCUGGAACUUCAUACCUUCACUACCAGUCGCGGUCCAGCACCGGUACUAGCAAGAGCCGCGAACAGCCCCGCGGUAUCUAUGACUACGCGCCAAUUCCUACUAGACCAAAGUCGUCGGUGGCGACUGCUGCAGAGGUACGGUGUGCACAGUAACGAAACGAUAUGGAAUUGUUUCGAUAUCAUCACACAAUUCCUCUACGACAUGAACUUCAUUGCUGACGAUGACAAGUUUUAUUUCUGUCAUCCCGACCUCUACGCGCGAAACCUGCUCGUAGAACUUGAGCACGACUCAUCGCUCUCACUUACCGGAUUGUUGGACUGGGAUGCACAGUUCGCACACUUCUGCCCCAAGUUCGUCGCUUACUGUGCACCGUUCUGGUUAUUGGUAUCAAGCGGCAACGAGUACAAUGAAAUGAUAGUUGCAGAUAAGCCAAAAGAUGCUGAUUACCGGCGAUUGAAGAGCUUGUGGGAGGAAGCGGCGAGUGAUGAGUGGAGGCAAUAUGCCUAUAAAUCAGAGUAUACGAUCGCGAGGAGAAUGUUCGCUCUGCUCCGGGACAGCAUUCAUCACGAUGGAGACAAAGAGGAAGCCAGGUCUAUUAUAGAUGAAUGGCAGAAGCUGUAUUACGAACAGAGGCCUGCGGCAGCAUAUGCAAAUGAUGAGAUCCAUACGAAUGAUGGAGACCCGGCUGCUGGAUAGGGAGACGGAACCAUAUAGGAGCCCGUUGAACACAAUAUUGAGCUCGAUGACGUGCUGGAUGAAUAUGAUGAGGCUUGAGAGACGAGUGAGUAAGGGCCGCAGUACUGUCCAGAUGUGGCUGGAGAAGACAUGCGAUCAGGUAGCCUGUAUUCAAAACUACACCUUGAUUCUAGCAGAAGACUUCCUUUUGCGCAUGAUGCAUCGUGCAGAUGAUGUGUCGCAUAGCCAAUUGCAACCUGAAGCAAAAGUGGGGUGAAGGACUUCACAAUCCCACUUGCCCCAUCUUCGACAACAUUAGACCGUUAUCGAUA